UAUUUGGGGUAAAGGUCGCAGUGGACGCUUCUUUAUAUACCCACAGUGGGCAGAUCAGGAGACAGAGACAGAAAUCCAGCUUAAAAGUUUAAACUAUCAAACUGAUUAUUGUUGAACCAACACCAUGGCGCUCAUCAGAGGUGUUUUCAUCGUAGCAGCCAAGCGCACUCCGUUCGGCACGUACGGUGGGGUGCUGAAGGAUCACAGCGCCACAGAUCUGGCGGAGCACGCCGCCAAAGCGGCCCUCGCCGCCGGCGCCGUCGCUCCAGAACUCAUAAACAGCAUCAUCAUGGGAAAUGUCAUGCAGAGUUCGGCUGAUGCUCCGUAUAUCGCUCGUCACGUCGGCCUGAGGUGUGGCGUUCCCAUCCCAGCUCCUGCGCUCACUGUGAACAGACUGUGUGGCUCUGGUUUCCAGUCCAUCAUCAACGGCGCUCAUGAGAUUUGUCUCAGGGAGUCGGAGGUGGUUCUGUGCGGCGGUUCGGAGAGUAUGAGCCAAGCUCCUUACGCCGUCCGAAACAUCCGCUUCGGAACAAAGUUUGGGUUUGACCUCAAGCUGGAGGACACUCUGUGGGCGGGUCUCACUGACCUCCACAUCAAGACCCCGAUGGGCAUCACUGCAGAAAACCUGGCAGAGAAAUACCAGAUAACACGAGAGGACUGUGACAACUACGCGUACCAGACACAACAGAGGUGGAAGGCAGCUCAUGAAGGGGGUCACUUCACAGCUGAAAUUGCUCCGGUUGAGGUGAAGGCGAAGAAGGGCAAAGCGCCCAUGACUCAUGACGAACACCCUCGGCCUCAGACCACGCUGGAGCAGAUGGCCAAGCUGCCUACUGUCUUCAAGAAGGGAGGAACCGUCACCGCCGCCAACGCUUCAGGAGUCUCUGACGGAGCUGCUGCUCUGGUGAUCUCCAGUGAGGAAGCCCUGAAGGAACACAAACUCACUCCUCUGGCCAGAAUCGUGUCCUAUCACGUGUCCGGCUGUGACCCGAGCAUUAUGGGGAUUGGUCCGGUCCCGGCCAUCUCAGAAGCUCUUAAAAAGGCCGGCCUGUCUGUCAAGGACAUGGAUCUUGUUGAGGUGAACGAAGCUUUUGCUCCUCAGUAUCUUUCCGUUGCCAAAGCUCUUGGGCUUGACCCAGAAAAAUCGAAUGUCAACGGCGGGGCUAUCGCCAUCGGUCAUCCUCUCGGUGCCUCUGGAGCGCGCAUCACUGCUCACCUGGUGCACGAGCUCAGGCGAAGAGGAGGAAAGUACGCCGUCGGCUCUGCUUGUAUCGGCGGCGGUCAGGGCAUCGCCAUCGUCCUGGAAAAGUGCUAACAGACGAAGAAGGCGCUAAAGGAUUCCUGUGAAAUAAAUGCCAAACAGAAACACUCUCCACUCGCAUGAGAUCAAAUGUAGUUGGUGCACAGUCAAAGGCAUGCUUAAUGAUGAAGAACAACAUCUAAUUUAACUUUUUUCUCAUUCUCUGAAAAUAGAUUUUUGCAGCAUAUGUUUGAGUUUGCCUUAAGAGAUCUGUGAAAGUAUACAAAUGACUGUAAACUGCUUCUAUGGGUUUAGGAGCCCAUUUGUGCCUAAAGACAGGGAUUUGAUCCUGAGGCAUGCUAACAUGUGUAGCUCGGUAUUGCAAUAAAGUGUUUGCCUUUAAAUGCUCUCCAUAUUUUCCAUUUCUGGGUUUAGUGAUUUAUCAGCUGAAGGGACUAAAUUUUUGUACUUCUCUGUCAUAGAAUCCCAAAUAAACUUGUGCAGAAAAGAA